CACCCACAACAAUCCCACCACUAUCUCUCUCUUUCUCUCUCUAAGAUAUGGUUGUGGGAGACCAAACUCAAAAGCACACUACACUUGCUGAGGUGUUAGAGGAGAUUGUGAAAAUGAAGGAAAUAGGAGCCCCCGUAACAGCCAUCAACUUACUGGGCUACUGCAAGAGCAUGGUCUCAGUGAUGUGCCUGGGCCGGCUCGGCCGCGUCGAGCUCGCGGGCGGGGCGUUGGCCGUCGGCUUUGCGAACGUCACCGGCUACUCCGUCCUCUCUGGCCUCGCCCUCGGCAUCGAGCCCAUCUGCGCCCAGGCCUUCGGCUCCGGCAACCCCGCCCUCGCCGCCCGCGCCCUCCGCCGCGCAUUCGCCCUCCUCCUCGCUGCCGCCAUUCCAAUUUCCGUCCUCUGGGUGUCACUCCACCCUCUCCUCCUCGCACUCCGCCAGGACCCUGCCGUCGCAGCUGUCGCGGCACGGUUCAUCCGUUUCGCCCUCCCUGACCUCCUCGCCGCCGCCUUUCUUUCCCCGGUGCGCAUCUAUCUCCGCACCGAGGGCGCGGGAAACCCGCCCCGCCGGCUCAUGUGGUGCACGUGCCUCGCGGUCGCCGGCCACGUCCCCCUCUCGCUCUUCCUCGGCUCUGCAUUCGACGUCGCCGGCGUUGCCGCCGCGACGUCGAUAUCGAGCAUCAACCUCCUUGUAGCUCUUUAUCUUUGCUCUCUUUUCGCCUCUCCGCUGCAACCGCAAUCCCCGAAGCUGCAGCAGCUGCAGCAGAAGCAGCAGCAGCAGCAGGCAGUAGGCGCAGAGUGGGCCGCGCUCCUCCGGCUGGCGGUGCCGAGCUGCUUCGCGGUCUGCCUAGAGUGGUGGUGGUACGAGCUCAUGACGAUCGCCGCCGGAUACCUCAGCCGGCCCCACGUCGCGCUCGCUGCCGCCGCCAUCGUCAUACAGACGACGUCACUGAUGUACACUGUCCCGACCACCCUUGCCGCCGCCGCGUCGGCGCGUGUCGGGAACGAGCUCGGGGCGGGCCGGCCCGAUAAGGCCCGAUUGGCGGCCUUGGUAUCCGUAGGCCUCGCUUUCGCGGGCUCCGGCCUAGGCCUAUCGUGGGCCGUGCUGGGCCGGCAUGCAUGGGCCCGGGUGUUCACCAUGGACCGUGACGUGCUUGCGCUUGCCGCCACCGCCCUGCCGGUCGUCGGGCUCUGCGAGCUCGCCAAUUGCCCGCAGACCGCCGGAUGCGGGGUGCUCCGCGGGACGGCCCGGCCCGGCACGGCCGCCGUCAUCAACCUCAUGGCGUUCUACGGCGUCGGUGCUCCCGUCGCCGGGGCCUUGGCCUUUGGGCUAGGUAUGGGCUUCGUGGGCCUCAUUCUUGGGCUUUUAGCGGCCCAAAUAGCGUGCGCUAUAUUGGUGGGCUACGUUGUUUUUCGGACCGAUUGGGAGGUCGAGGCCUUAAAGGCCGUGGACUUGGUGGGCCCGACGGUCGCAACAAUUGAGGCCCAGGAAGAAUGUGGACUCUUCCUAGCUUAAGUGGGUUUUUUUUUUUUGUUAAAUCAAAUUUGUAUUUUAGGAUCUAUGACAUUGGAAUAUUUGAAUUAUAGAUGUGUGUGUGUGUGUGUGUGUGUGUGUGUGUGUAUAUAGUAGUGUAUGUUCAGGUUUGUAUAUCACAUAAUGCAUAUUUUA